GCUGGGAUUGAUGGAGAAUCCAAUUUAGGAAAACACCCUUUGAUGAAGAAAGCUUGAAGCAAAGAGGAAUUUUUGCACGGACGUUUCCAAGUGUGACAGGCACAAUCACACCGGGAUCCUCUCUGGGAGGGCUCCUGGAGCACUGCAGACCUGUUGGCACGAGAGGAGAGCCCUGACUGAGCCCACUGGAGCUGGCUGUGGUUGAAGAUUACAGGAGCUGUUUUGAUCAGGGGAAAAUUUCUGUUUUUAGCACAGGCAGCAAUUAAAAUAGCUCGUGAAUCUCAACGCCUCAGGGAGCUGUCAUAAAAGGAGGCAGAAAAUCCAUCUUCUGGUCUCCUCUGCAGCCAGACAUGAGCCUGGAGACAGCACAGGAGAAGAGAGCCUGAGCUUCACCUGGUGGGAAAGGACAAGCCAAGACCCUGAGCCAUUCCUGCUGCUUUGAUCCCGACAUGGCUGUGGAGGAUCUCCGGGCUUCCAGCACCCCUUUCUCGCUCUCCUUUUCGGGCAGCGGCUUCCUGGCCCUCUACCAGGUUGGGGUGGUGCAGUCCCUGCUGGAGUUGGCUCCCGAGCUCCUCAGGUCUGCCUGCAAGGUCUACGGCUCCUCGGCCGGAUCGCUCAUCGCUGCCGCCGUCGUCUGCGGCGUUGGCCUGGAUGACCUAAAGGAAUUUUUCUUUGCACUGGCAACAGAAGUCAGGAAAACCAUCCUGGGCCCCCUCUCUCCCAAGUGCAGCUUGCUGGCCGAUCUCAAGGCUGUCCUGCAGCGGAUGCUGCCCGAGGAUUCCUACCUGCUGGCCUCGGGGAGGCUGCACAUCUCACUGACACGGGUGGUGGAUGGCCAGAACGUCAUGGCCUCGGAGUUCAGCUCCAAGGAGGAGCUCAUUCAGGCUCUCCUCUGCAGCUGCUUUCUUCCAAUUUACUGUGGAUUCAUCCCUCCAUCCUACCGAGGAGUGCGCUAUGUGGACGGAGGUUUCACGGGCCUGCAGCCCGUGUCCAGCCUGGAGGAGCCCGUGAUCACCGUGUCCCCGUUCACCGGAGAGCUGGACAUCUGCCCCCGCGACUGCCCCGCCAUCUUCUUCUGCUUCCAGAUCUUCAACGGCAGCAUCCAGAUCUCCAUAGAGAACCUGUGCAGGAUCAGCUACGCUCUCUUCCCACCCAGCACCAUGGUCUUGAACGACAUUUUCUCCCAGGGGUACCAGGACACUGCCCUUUUCCUGUACAGGAACAAUGCCUUUGGCUUUAAUUACUUUGAUGGCAAUUUCCGCUUCGGCAGCACCUGUGGGAAGAAUGACUCUGGAAAACCCAAUGGGACCCACCCCAGCCUGUGCAAAAGGGUCCCUCAGUGCCUGAGCCCUUACUUCCUGCCAGGCUUGUGGAAGAAGGAGCAGGUGAAUGGACUGCAGGACCCCCUGGCCAAGGUCCUGCUGCAGCCCUACAGGCUCCCAGCCUUGCUCAGGAAGGGGGUGAAGAAGGUGUGGGGGCUGCUGGAAGGUGUCAGCUCCCUGGUACGACGACUGCACAGGCUCCUCCAAACCUUGGUGCCUGCUUUGCCUGGGACAGCCGUGGACAGGAGGAGGCAACAAAUGGAUCCCAACAGCAGCAGCUGUUAAUUAGAGUAAAUAGCCUGUUUAAUUGCACAAAGGGAAAUGGAACAGAGGGAACUUUCAUCCAAAGGGCCGUGAAGACUGCAGGAAUGAAUGUGGGAAGCAGCUGAAGGGAGCUUUGAUAUAACAAGACUCCAAGUUACCGAGGAGUGCUGUGUGAAAGAACAAUAUCCUGUGUUCUGCCAUCUUUGGUUCAAAUCAGUGACCUGGGAUACUUUCUGUGGUCUAAAAGAAAGCUGGAUGCUUAUUUCAUAGAAUCAUGAAAUGGUUUGGGUUAAAAGGGAUCACUUUAAAGAUCACCUUGUUCCACACCCUGCCAUGGGCAGGGACACCUUCCACUAUUCCAGGUUGUUCCAAGCCCAAUGUCCAG